GGAAAUGACGUUAACUCUGUCCCGGAAGUUCAUCCUUCUGUUUACAUUUUGCUCUUUGGUUCAGCUGGAAAUCUUCUUAAAAAAAUGUCAAAAAGGCGGCUAGUGAGCAACAGCCUGAAGGUCUCCAUAGAGCAGCAGCUGGCGGCAUUAGCCUCCGGGAUCUUGGGGCUGCUGGAGGAGCGCCGCCAGGCGGAGGUGGAGGAGCUGCGGGGGCUGCUGAUGGAGCGGGUCGCAGCGGCCGUGGAGCUGAUCCUCUCCGCCUUUGAAGUGAACAAAGCGGCCGAGGGCGGGAGAGGAGGCCGUGGAGAGGAGCGACAAGAAUUGCAUCUCUCUGUUGGAGUUAGGGGUCAAUCUUUUGGCAUCUCAGGGGAGGAGAAGCUGCCAGGUUCCACUUCCAGUCUGCAGAUUGCCUCCAAGAUUGACCAGCAAGCAACUUCUCCAGACAAUGACACAGCAGAGGAGGAGGGGGGCGAUGCCAUCGCAGCGGAUGAAACAUCUCACAGCUGCAGGGUCUGCAGCAAAUCCUUCGACACAAAAGGCUUUUUGAUCAAACAUGUGGAGAAACACACAAUGGAAGACGAGCGUCGAUGCGGCGUGUGUGCGGAAACCUUGGAGUCCAGUGACGAGCUAAAGCAGCAUCUUCAAACUCACCGCACCACCUGCAAGGUCUGUGACAUCUGUGAUAAGAAGUUCCCGACAAUCCGAGCAAAGGAGACGCACAUGAGGCAGCACACUGGUGAGAAAUCAUAUACCUGUCACCUCUGUGACAAAGGCUUCAGUCAGAAGGAAAUCAUGGUGACUCACCUGCAAAGUCAUAUGGAAGAAAAGUCCUCUGAAGAUCCAGUUCACAAGGUUCCAUUAGAGCAAGACACGAUGGCCAGCAGUGAACAGAUGGCAUUCAGCUGCAAAGACUGUGGAAGAGGCUUCCUAACAAGGUCGGAGCUGAGGCGGCAUGCUCAAAACCACAACCAGCGAACCGAGAGGAGCAAACGCAGAAAACCAAGUCUGACUCCUACACACUGCUGCAAAGUCUGUGGAAAUGCAUUUCACAAUAAAGGGAACCUACUGCGGCACACUGAGACACAUCUGAACCACCCAGACUUCCUUUGUGGCGUCUGUGGAGAGCGGGCCGAGUCCUCAGAGAGCCUGCAGCUCCACAUCCAGGAUCACAGAGAAAUAAAGAAGGUCUGCGAGAUUUGUGGAGACAACUUUAGGGACAUGGAGAUCCACAUGAGGACACACACUGGUCAAAAGCCAUUCAGGUGCAAAGACUGCUGCAAGGAUUUCCCAAGGAAAAGCUCUUUGGAGCGACACCUGAAGCUGCACGCGGGCGAGAGGCCGUACAUCUGCGAGUUCUGUGGGAAGACUUUUAUCGAAAACACCGUUCUUAAGAGACACAUCAAGAGCCACACGGGGGGGAAGCCCAGAAUUUAUCCCUGUGAAAUCUGCGGCAAGAAGUUCACCAUGAGCCAACAUUUGGACGUUCACAAGAGGAUCCACACGGGGGAGAAGCCUUUCCCCUGUAAGGUCUGUGGCAAGACGUUCAGGCAGAUCGGCAACCUGGACUCCCACAUGAGGAUCCACACGGGCGAGAAGCCGUUCAUAUGCAGCCUCUGCGGAAAAACCUUUCGGCAGAAGAUCUCGCUGGAGACACACGAGCGGUUCCACAAGAAGGAAAAGGCGUUUGACUGCCAGGUCUGCGAAAAGGGCUUUGUGCAGAAGAUCGACCUGAAGAGGCACAUGCUGACACACACCGGUGAGAAACCCUUUAGGUGCCAGGUGUGUGGAAAGGGCUACCAGGAAAAACGCUCACUGGAGUCCCACAAGAAGGUCCACGCAGGAGAACGAGCUGCCAAGAACCCAGCUGUGACAGAACCAAAGCAGCAACCAGAGGAGGAGGUCCAACCCCAGUUGCUUCUGCUGUGAGCUGCAUGAUGAGACAGGUGGACAGUCACACCAGGCUGACAGGAAGUUUAUCUGGGGAAAAAAUGUACAAAACUGCAGUCCUGAUCUCAAAUAGCAGCCUGCUUCCUGUGCUUUCUAAAAUGGCCAAUUUGCUCCACUUCAAGCACUUCAGUCAAUUAAAGCAGCUAGAUUGAAUCUUUUCACCUACUUCAGCAUCUAAUUGCUGCUUCUAAAGAAAUGCAAAGCUUUCAAAACGGUUUAUAAUAAUUUAUUUCUUAAAAAAAGUUCAGAAAAUGUUUCUGACCUAAAACUGGGAAGUUUAGAAAAGCUUCAGCAUUAAUCCCUCUGAUUCCAUUUUCUUACAGUAACAGAAACAUUUUAUAGCUUUUUAAUUCUUGCUUUAUUGAAAUAUUUAGCUUUCAGACGGUUGCUAACCAUCUAAAAGGUUUCCUGUGCUUUCGCUGCUCUGGCUUAAUUACAACCCAAGCAGCCAUUUGUCACAUAAAAUAAUAAGUGUAAUAAGUUUUGCCUGAGUGAAAAUGUACUUUAUCAAACUACUACAAUUAAAAAAACUUUCUAAGAUGAGGUUGCAAUACAGAAAACCUGAAAAAUACAAUACCUUAUAUGGCAAAUGUUCAGGAGUCAUGCUAUCAAACAAUUUGUGUGACUUUGAUUCAGAUAUUCGUAAACCACAAUGCCAUCAGAUAAGAACAAAUCAGCAAACAGGGGAGCAGAUAUUUAAAAAAUAAUAUAAAGCAGGACAUUGUCUGGUUUUAAUACCUAAAUGUGCAGCAAAAAGUGAGGUUAGACAAGAUGUAGCUGCUGUAGGGAAAUUGUGGCCUAGUGGAUGGGGCUUAGCGCUUGGAAUCCAGAGGUUCUAAGUUCAAGCCCCACUCCCACAGACUACUACACUGGGUCCCUGAGCAAGACCCUUUAUUCACUCGUGUAAAGUCGGGCCCCACUUGGUAGAAUUC